AUGCGAGAAUCAGACAAUUGGCGCUAUUUUUUCAUAGCCUGUGAGCCACGAGAAUGCAAGAAGCUGUCGUCACUUCCGCCCACCCCUGCCUUUUACCACGAGCAACCCCGUUUGUCUUUCUUUUCGCACAUCAUGGCGGACCGGUUCAAUAAGGUUCUGCUGCUUGAUGGCAGGGGCCAUCUGCUCGGCCGACUUGCUGCCAUUGUGGCUAAACAGGUUCUUCUGGGCCACAAAGUGGUGGUGGUGAGAUGUGAAGGCAUCAACAUCUCUGGCAACUUCUACCGUAACAAGCUGAAGUACCUGGCUUUCCUGCGCAAGAGGAUGAACACCAACCCCUCUCGUGGUCCGUACCACUUCAGGGCUCCCAGCAAGAUCUUCUGGAGGACUGUUAGAGGUAUGCUGCCUCACAAAACCAAGAGAGGUCAGGCUGCUCUGGAGAGGCUGAAGGUGUUUGAUGGUAUCCCCCCACCCUAUGACAAGAGGAAGCGCAUGGUUGUCCCAGCUGCUCUUAAAGUUGUGCGUCUGAAGCCCUCUCGCAAGUUCGCCCUCCUUGGGCGUCUGGCACAUGAGGUUGGCUGGAAGUACCAGGCUAUCACAGCCACUCUGGAGGAGAAGAGAAAGGAGAAGUCUAAGCUCCGCUACACCAAGAAAAAGACACUGAUCAAUCUGACCAAGCAGGCAGAAAAGAACGUCGAGUCCAAGAUUGCAAAAUACACAGAUGUUCUGAAACAAUAUGGAGUUAUUGUCUGAGCUAAACUCAUCUGGCCAAUAAAGAUGAAUACAUGUUUAUAAAA